UUCAUCAAUAAAUUAGAUUGGCGAAGCCCUCUACGGCUCUCCUUUUGACGGAUCUCUAAGUAGAGAUACUUGCAAUUCCAAAAUGAGAGUUCAGGUGCUUGAGUCUUCCUCAAGCUUUCGGAGAUCCUACCGAUAAGUUGCGGCUCAACGUUAUCUAUUUUCUCCCCACCUUUCACAAGUUCCCCUCUCGUUGAAUUAUACUCUCCUCUCUGUACUGCUUUAUUUAUUAUACAAAAAUACACAUCUCCAAAAUGUCCAAACCCUUCGAAGGCAAAGUUGUCCUCAUAACCGGCGCCGGCUCAGGCAUCGGUCGAGCAACCAGCAUCAAGCUCUCCCACCAAGGCGCCACCCUCGCCCUGACAGACAUCAACCCCUCCUCCCUCCAAGAGACCCUAUCCCUCUGCACCCCAAGCACGCACACGACCUCCGCAUUCGACAUCGCCUCCCCCUCCGCCUGCAACGACUUCAUCGCCUCAACCAUCAACACGCACUCGAAACUGGACCACGUCUUCAAUUGCGCGGGCCGCAACCCGGUCAACAUAGCCACAGCCGACAUCACGGACGAAUACUGGGACUCGAUCAUCAACACGAACCUCAAAGGCAUGUUUAACAUUACGCGCGCGUGCAUCCCGCAUUUGCAGCCCGGAGCGAGUUUCGUGAACGUGAGUAGUAUCGCGGGAUUACAACCUACAAAUGGGUUUGCGAGUUAUUGUGCGAGUAAGUAUGCCGUGGUGGGGUUUAGUAAGUGUGUUGCGCUGGAGUUGGGAGUGAAGGGGAUUAGGACGAAUGUUGUUGCGCCGGGGUAUAUUGAUACGCCUACGAAUGCGGGAGUUGUGGCGGGGAAAGAGGCCGCUGAGAGUAUGGCGAAAGCGGUGGCUAUUGGGAGGAUGGGGACCGCUGAGGAAGUGGCUGAUGUAGUGAUUUUCUUGUUUAGUGACGAGGCGAGGUAUAUGAAUGGAAGUGUAGUCGAGAUUAAUGGAGGCUUGAAGUAGUCGUUUCCCAGAAUUAUAAUGGAAUACUCUUCGUUUGUGUAGCCAUCUCGUCACCGAAGAAACGAAAAGAGACAGAAU